GUCGGUAUACUAAAUUUAUGGUGCUUAGAAUAUACUGUACCACGACUAGUACACCCUAACCAUGACUGUAUAUGUACUACAAGGCAGCGCCUGGGUAUCUAGCCACCGCAGCUUGGGCACCGUUCAGUGAACCGGCGGCCAUGGUGCCGGCGCAUGCGUACUGCAUUCGCGCGCUUCUUUGAGGGAGGACCCAGGGAGGACUGCUCAUACCGGCCGAGGCUUGGACGACGCGACGCGCUGGCGGGUCGGGAAUGUGCGUCAGGUGCCCGUGCUGUGAAGCAUCGUUGCUUCGUCAGGUCGACACCUUCGCUCCUUUGCAACAGAUCACGUGCCUGGGCGAGGCUACAGCAAUGCGCAGCGGACACGAGGAAUUGCGGCACUGACACGGAUGCUUCGCGUGGUGCGGGAGCGGCGCUCGGGCCUCGUGCUGCUGCUGCUGGCGUCGGUGGCCGUGUGGUCGCGCUGGUCGUCGCCGCCGCAGGAGCCCGGCCCGCGCGGUGUGGCAGCAGGCAACGUGUCGGACGAGCCCGGCCGGCUGGUGGACCGGCGCGACUUUGCGUUUGUGCUGGACAGCAGCCGCUGCCGCAGCCACCGCGACCUGUUUCUGGCCGUGUUCGUGCACUCUGCGCCGGCGCACUUCGGCCGGCGGCGCGCCAUUCGCGAGACGUGGGGCAACGCGAGCGCCCUGGCCGCGGCCACGGCGCGCGCCAUGGCGCUCGUCUUCCUCGUGGGGCAGGCGGCCGGCCUGGAGGGCGCCCUGCGCGCCGAGAGCGCCGCGCACGGCGACCUGGUCAUGGGCAACUUCGUGGACAGCUACCACAACCUGACGUACAAGCACGUGAUGGGGCUCAAGUGGGUCGUGAGCCGCUGUGGCCAGGCGCGCUACGUGCUCAAGACGGACGACGACGUGUUCAUGGACCUGUUCCAGGUGAGCGCGGAGCUGGAGCCCCACGCCCCGGCGCGGCUGCUCAUGUGCGGCCUCAUCCGGCGGCCGUACGUCAAGCGCAGCCAGCGCAGCAAGUGGCGCGUCAGCUUCCGCGAGUAUCGGCCACACCGCUACCCGCCCUACUGCUCCGGCUGGGCCAUCCUCAUGUCGCCCGACGUGGUGCGCGACCUGUACCGAGCUUCGGCCGACGUGCCCUACUUCUGGGUCGACGACGUGCUCGUCACGGGCAUCCUGGCGCAGCGUCUUGGCAUCGAGCACGUCGACCUUGGGCCGCGCUUGGCGCGCGAUGCCCGCGACGCCCGUUCCUGGCUGCGUGACGGCGGCCCACCACUGCUGGGUCACCCUGACCUGGACACCGAGCUCGUGUACCGGCUCUGGCAGCGCACCAGGGAGAACGUUGACGCUGCUCGCAAUAAAGGCUGAUGUUGCUGCAGGGUGGGGGGGGGGGUGACAUCAGCAACUCCGGCGUUCUUUUUAACUGUCCAAUGGCGGGGUGGUUCAAUUUGGGUUAGAAAGUAAUCAGUAAUAACUAAUAAACGAGGUGUCGAAACGGGUAGCUGCUUCGUGUGACCUCACGAUGAGUCGAUGACGUCAGAGCCUACACUACUGUAAUGUACAUGUGCAGUACGCGUGGCGCUAACGCCCAGAAGGCGAAGCGUAUGAUGUGACACGGGGAGCUUUUACAGCCCUUUCAAACUACACAGCGUCGGUUUCAGCGACAGUGUGAGUGCUGAAGGAUCGUCGUUUGCUUUUGACCAGCCGCCGCCGCGCGAGGUAUGCCCAAGCUCAACGCGCAUUGUGCUGCGAAAGAGAAUGACCGACGUCUGUCGAAACGAUGAUAGUCUGCCAUCGUCUCGUGGAAAAAGGAGCCAGCUUUGUCGUUUCUGGGCGAAGUGGCGGUCUAGUCUCUCAAGUCACACAGGGUGGCCAGUAAAAAAGCCAUACAUUCGUGGGCAUGGGUCGGGAACACGCAACCAGUCUUCAAAAUUUGUUUUCAGGAAAACUAAAUGAGUCGCAGCCAUAUGGUUAGGCACAGAUAAUCAAGAGUGCAAAAGAGAACGUAUAUUCAAAAUUUUAUUGAGGACAGUGGACAUCGAAAUAUCGCCAGAGUUUCCCUUUAAGACUGCUUAGGUGUGGGAAUGCGAAAGCAUUAUGAUCCCUUUGGUGGAAUGUUUCCGAUUGAUGUUUUCGACAUGCAUUAAAGUUCUUUCUGCCGA